AUGAUAGAACUCGAAGUUAAGCCAUCCCAGAUCCCAGGCGCAGGCUCUGGCUUGUACACUCGCAAUCCGAUUGCGAAGGAUUCGUGUGUGUGUGUUUACACUGGCCAAGUUCUGCGAACGAUUGAUGCUAUCCGCUUGGAAGAUAAAACUUACUUAAUGCGACUUGGUCCACAAGUCUACGUCAAUCCUCAUGAUGAUAAAAGCAUGCUGGGGAGAUAUAUCAAUGAUCCAAGAAAUCGUCUUCUUCAUAACGUGUUAUUCGACAAACGUCCUGAUGAGCAAUGUGCUUAUGUUAUUGCUAAACGAGAUAUUGCUUGCGGGGAAGAAAUCUUUGCUGAUUAUGGUCGAUGGUAUUGGUUAGGAAAAACACCGACUCGACUUGAUAGACUUCCUAUGUGA